ACAGCAUAUUGCUUUGUCCUCACUGUUGUUUUUGUACAAUUCUCCCACACUGAGUCUGGUGUGUAGAAUUCAACUGUUGUAGCCUUUAUCAUUCAGGAAAAACCAGGGGGGUAAGUCCUGAUGGCUAUCUCCUCUCUCUCCUUCCCGUUCACUCAAGGUAGGCACUGUAUCUAGCUGUGCUGCUAAUAAAUUUUACUGCUCUGAUCCCUCCCCCCAGGUUGAGGCUAGGAGAAUCCAGCCCUUUGCAUGUCCGGGAGAGGCCUUCUCCUCACUUGGUUUGAGGUAUCAUCACCAUGAACAGGAAAUUGGCCCUUAUUUCAUUUUGAACAUCCUCGUUUUCCCCUCUUUUUCUCUCAUUCUUUGUGUGUGUGCAUGUGUACGUGUGCGUGCGUGCACGGGUGUGCACAUACACAUGCACACAUGCGUUCGUACACACGCAUGCACACACACACGCAUUUGGCUAGCAAAUACUUCAAGUUGCCUGGAAUCAAAGAAUAACCAUCAUCCAUGACGGGACUAAGGAAACAGUGGAGCAAGCAAUGAAUUCAUAAACGCCUGUCUCAUUUUUUUUUUAAUUCUGGUAAAAGUUACAUAACAUAAAAUUUACCGGGAUAAACAUCUUUAGGUGUAUAAUCUGGUGGGGUUAAGCAUGUUUACCAUGCUGUGCAACCAUCACCACCAUCCACCCCAGAACUUACUUCUCAUCUCAAACUAAACCCUGUACCUAAUCAGCUGUAACCCCACUGGCCCAAGCCCUGGCAACAUUCUACUUCCUAUGAAUUUAAUUACUCUCACUUCAUAUAAAUGGAAUCAUACAGUAUUUGUGUCUUUGUAUCUGUUUUUUUUUCACCUCCCAGAAUGCUUUCCAUGUUCAUCGUAUUGUAGCAGGUUGCCAGAACUUCUUGUGUUUUUAAGACCGAAUAAUAUUCCCACAUGUUGUUUGUCCAUUCAUCUGUUGAUAGGUCACUUGGUUUAUUAUUACCGUCCAGCUUUGUGACUAAUGCUGCUGUGAUCAUUGGUGCAAAAAGCCUCAGUUUGAGUUCCUGCCUCCCAUUCUUUCAAUCCAGUGGGUCACAUGAAAGUGCUAGAUAAUAACUGCUGGCUGGCCGGGUCCGGAAGAGCUGUGAGGAGAUGUAAGAGCAUGUGCGUUCUUCGUUCUGACACGUGAUGAGCGUUGCAGAAAGGACUGGAUUGUGCUUUUGAUGAUAACCAGGCCUGCCUUUGAGGUGCUUUCAUGUGUUCCUAAGAGCAAGUAAUGCACAGGGCACUGUGCUUGAUGCCUGGGGAGGUUUAAAGAUGAAUAGGAGGAGAUUCCUGCUCACAGGAACUUUAUACAGAGGGUACCAUGCCGGUGGAAAGGAUGCGGAUGCGCCCAUGGCUGGAGGAACAGAUAAACUCAAAUACGAUACCAGGGCUAAAGUGGCUUAACAAGGAAAAGAAGAUUUUCCAGAUCCCUUGGAUGCAUGCAGCUAGACAUGGGUGGGAUGUGGAAAAAGAUGCACCACUCUUUAGAAACUGGGCGAUCCAUACAGGAAAGCAUCAACCGGGAGUAGAUAAACCUGAUCCAAAAACAUGGAAGGCGAAUUUUCGAUGUGCCAUGAACUCCUUGCCUGACAUUGAGGAAGUCAAGGAUAAAAGUAUAAAGAAGGGAAACAAUGCAUUCAGAGUGUACCGGAUGUUGCCCUUAUCUGAGCGACCUUCUAAGAAAGGAAAGAAACCAAAGACAGAGAAAGAAGACAGAGUUAAGCACAUCAAGCAAGAACCAGUUGAGUCAUCUUUGGGGCUUAGUAAUGGAGUAAGUGAUCUUUCUCCUGAGUAUGCCGUCCUGACUUCAGCUAUAAAAAAUGAAGUGGAUAGUACGGUGAACAUCAUAGUUGUAGGACAGUCACAUCUGGACAGCAACAUCGACGAUCAAGAGAUUGUCACUAAUCCUCCGGACAUUUGCCAAGUUGUAGAGGUGACCACCGAGAGUGAUGAGCAGCCGGUCAGCAUGAGUGAGCUCUACCCUCUGCAGAUUUCCCCCGUGUCUUCCUACGCAGAAAGCGAAACUACCGAUAGUGUGCCCAGUGAUGAAGAGAGCGUCGAGGGACGACCCCACUGGAGGAAGAGGAACAUUGAAGGCAAACAGUACCUCAGCAACAUGGGGACUCGAAGCACCUACCUGCUGCCCAGCAUGGCGACCUUCGUUACUUCCAACAAACCUGACCUCCAGGUCACCAUCAAAGAGGAGAGCUGUCCGGUGCCUUACAACAGCUCAUGGCCCACUUUACCAGACCUCCCCCUCCCUCCCUCCGUGACCCCAGCGCCCAGCAGCAGUCGGCCAGACCGGGAGACUCGGGCCAGCGUCAUCAAGAAAACAUCAGAUAUCACCCAGGCCCGAGUCAAGAGCUGUUAAGCCUUUGACUUCCCCUGGUGGUUGUUGGGAUUUCUUGGCUUUGUUUUGUUGUUUGUUUGUAUUUUAUUUUUCUCUCUGACACCCAUUUUAGACAAAUCUAAGGGAAAAAGCCUUGACAAUAGAACAUUGAUUGCUGUGUCCAACUCCAGUACUGGAGCUUCUUUUUAACUCAGGACUCCAGCCCAUUGGUAGACGUGUAUCUCUAGAGCCUGCUGGAUCUCCCAGGGCUGCUCCCUCAAGUUCAAGGACGUCAUAGGACCAACACCCACACGGGCAGCGAGGUGCUGCAUUGCCUGCGGUCAAGGCCAGCAUGGUGGAGUGGAUGCCUCAGAACGGAUGAGAAAAUGUGAACUAGCUGGAAUUUUUUAUUCUUGUGAAUAUGUACAUAGGGCAGUACUAGCGACGUUGCAGUCUGCUUCUGCACCUUAUCUUAAAGCACUUACAGAUAGACCUUCUUCUUGUGAUCUUGCUCUAUUUCUCAACACAUUCAGCGACCCCCCUUCUGGGCCCUUUGUCCCGCCUCCCGGCCCAGCCCAUCCAGUUCAUUUCCUCCUUUUCCUCCCCGCAGAGGCUGUGUUCCACAUCCCUGAGGAGGAGAAGAAGAAAAUGAGCUUCUCCACAGAUGUCCCAUUUUUUUAAGACUGCUUUAAAAAAAAAAAAAAAAAAAGAAAAAGAAAAUCUAAUCUGCUGUGCUUGAAUGCCACGCGGUACAAAGGAAAACUAUCAUGAGAUAUUAUGCAAAUUCCCAGAUUUGAAGACAAAAAUAUUCUAAUUCUAACCAGAGCAAGCUUUUUUAUUUUUUAUACAGGGGAAUAUUUUAUUCAAGGUAAAAUUCUAAAGAAAAUAUAAUUGUUUUUUAUCUUUUCUACAGCAAAUUUAUAAUUUUAAGAUUCCUUUUCUUGUUUAUCGGCAGUUGUUAUUACAUCCUUGUGGCACAUUUUUUUUUUUAAUUUUGUAAAGGUGAAAAAGCUUUUAUGAGCUCAUGUAGCAAUCAAAUUAUCCUGUGGAUUGAUAAUAAAUGAAUAUGAUAUAUAGUUAAAUUUUUAA